GACGCGGCCGCCCGGAGCUGAUAAAUAGGGGACCGGGUCGCGGCGGCCGGCCAAGUUGGACGCCCCGACCCGUGCGAGGGCCAGGUCAGCGCUGGCCCCGCGAGGCGAAGCGAGGCGACCCGCGUGCGGCCAUGGCCUCGCUGCUGGGAGCCUACCCGUGGCCCGAGGGGCUCGAGUGCCCGGCCCUGGAGGCCGAGCUGUCGGACGGUCUGUCGCCGCCGGCCGUCCCCCGCCCGCCGGGGGACAAGAGCUCGGAGAGCCGUAUCCGGCGGCCCAUGAACGCCUUUAUGGUGUGGGCGAAGGACGAGAGGAAACGGCUGGCGGUGCAGAACCCGGACCUGCACAACGCCGAGCUCAGCAAGAUGCUGGGAAAGUCGUGGAAGGCGCUGACGCUGUCCCAGAAGAGGCCCUACGUGGACGAGGCGGAGCGGCUGCGCCUGCAGCACAUGCAGGACUACCCCAACUACAAGUACCGGCCCCGCAGGAAGAAGCAGGCCAAGCGCCUCUGCAAGCGCGUGGACCCCGGCUUCCUCCUGAGCUCCCUCUCCCGGGACCAGAAUGCCCUGCCAGAGAAGAGGAGCGGCGGCCGCGGGGGGCCGGGGGAGAAGGAGGACAGGGGUGAGUACUCCCCGGGCACCGCCCUGCCCAGCCUCCGGGGCUGCUACCACGAGGGACUGGCUGGUGGCGGCGGCACCCCGGGCAGUGUGGACACGUACCCAUACGGGCUGCCCACGCCCCCGGAGAUGUCUCCACUGGACGUGCUGGAGCCGGAGCAGACCUUCUUCUCCCCCUGCCAGGAGGAGCAGGCCCACCCCCGCCGCAUCCCCCACCUGCCAGGGCCUCCGUACUCGCCGGAGUAUUCCCCCAGCCCCCUGCACUGUAGCCACCCCCGGGGCGCCCUGGCCCUGGGCCAGUCCCUCAGUGUCUCCAUGAUGUCCACCGUCCCCAGCUGCCCCCCGUCCCCUGCCUAUUACUCCCCGGCCACCUACCACCCCCUCCACUCCAACCUCCAUGCCCACCUGGGCCAGCUCUCCCCGCCUCCCGAACACCCUGGCUUCGACACCCUGGAUCAGCUGAGCCAGGUGGAACUCCUGGGGGACAUGGAUCGAAAUGAAUUUGAUCAGUAUUUGAACACUCCUGGCCACCCAGACUCUGCCGCGGGCACCGUGGCCCUCAGUGGGCAUGCCCCAGUCUCCCAGGUGACACCGACGGGCCCCACAGAGACCAGCCUCAUCUCCGUCCUGGCUGAUGCCACGGCCACGUACUACAACAGCUACAGUGUGUCAUAGAGCCAGAGCCACCGCAUCCAGCCCAGCCCUCGAGCCCUUUCCCUCCCGUGUCCGGCUUUUUCCCCCUUAGCCGGGGAGGUCCGGACUGCCGGCCCAGAGCCUUCGGACUGAAGCCGGACAGGGCUGUGCUGAUCCGAGGGCCCCUCCGUCCCCUUCCCCACGGCCCACUCCCCCUGCUUGCAUUUUGAGUAUAUUCCUUCAAAUGAGCUUUCAUCGGCUACGCGCUGGGAGUAAGGCCAUCAAGUUGCUGAGAGAUGCUGUCUCCAGUAGAGUGUUCACUGACCUCUUUUCCUUGUCCCCAUCGUGGGGCCACAUGGUGACAAGCCCAGCAGCAUUCGAACCUCUCCUGUUUUGACAUGGUUGCACCUGGUCUUUGGGUCCUGCAGGUGAGAAAGCCCCGGGCCAGGAUUCAGCCCCAGUUCUGCUGUGGACGCUGGCGAGACACCAACAUGCCCCCGCACCCCGUCCAGCCCACUCCCCCAUCCGUAAAGCGGGGGACAGACUUGCUAGCCACGGUCCCCUCUGCUCCACGGUUUUCUGGCUUAGGAUUCUCUCAAGGCUAACUAAAGGAAAAUGGGGGAAUCGGACUCAUUAAUGAGCUCCUUAACGUGCAACCUGGUGAUAAUUGUGUGUUCACGGCCCAAGGACACAAGGCUCGCUGCACUCCCUCCAAAAUGACCAACGAAUUCCAAAAGGACUCUUCCAAUUGGAGAGAAAGCGCUCAUCCUGAUUUGGGAAACUGGGGAAAAUAACCAGAAUGGUUAACUACUUCACUGAAGAUGAGAUUGGAUUCAAGCUGCUUUCUUAUAUUUUUUACAUAAAUUCUUUCUUACCGUACACACGCUUCAGGGGAACACACGCAGUCUGAAUUCGUGCCGUGAGCGUGGGAGAGACGCUCCCACUCCACGCACACCCUCACACACGCAUCCACGCAGCCUAAAUCAGGGAUACUCUUAUUGACGACGGCAACUUCUGGCCAACCUCUGUUCCCAGUGGCCACACAGCCAGGGUACCGGAAAGGACUUUGCCACAAGGCAGCGUCGCUGUCUUCAAGUCUAGGUGUGCCAGUUUCUCGAGCAAAAUUGCAGCACUUUCCCCCUCUGUAGAUGCAGAGGGAGUCCCCCACCCCCUCCCCGUGUGUUCUCCAGUACUGGCUCUCUCCCUUUCCUGGGAUUUCUUUUUCUCUUCUUCCUCACUCUUCCUCCACCCCGGAAUUGCUCCCUAACUCACAGAGCCUCUGACUUAAAAUCCCAGGCACAGUCCCUCUGGUGUGAUGGGAAUCGGUCACCCUCACCAGCCAGCUGGCUUGUCAGGCAAAGUCCUCAGCUGAUGCUUAACACCAAGUUCCCCAGAUCAGAAACUCACUGUGAUUCUGACAGUGUCUCUGAGCCCUGGCCGCCCCCACAACCAUCUCCAUUCUUCCCCCAAACCUCCUUUGAAGGAACAUACCUGACAGUGACCUACAAGGCAGUCGUUUGUCUUUUGAUUUCAGCACAUUAUUGCCUGUAAGAAAUAUGUGUUUUAUAUAUCCUCCUAUUAUUUUCACCUUGUAUUUUGUAGUGUUGACAGAUCCUUGUUUUUCCUUCCAAGAAGUCAUAUUGUACAAUCACUUAUAAGAUAUGAUUAAUCUUUAUGCUAUUACUGUGUAUGCCACUUGGUAAUAAAUAGUAAAUCGUUGACGAUAUGAUUGACUGGUGCACAGUCCAGAAUGUGUAAAUCUUGUAAAACAGUAUCACAGACAGUAAGCUAAACUGUUCCAUUUUUUUUUUUUGUAAGAACUAUACAGGCUUUGGAACGGUUGUAGAUAUCAAUUUGUUGGAAAUAUUUAAUUUAAAUAAACAUUUUUGUACCGUGA